AAGUGUUUCGACUCUAUUUUUCGACGUAAGACACAAAUGAUGUUGGUAUGGUAUCAAAUUAGUUCGAUAAUGUCAAAAUACCAAACGCGUUAUUGCCUUGAUGAUAAUGUUAGUUUCAGAUGAAAGCAUGUCUUGAUUUUUAGAAAGUGUGUCUUCCAGACAUCCUGGUUUCUCAAGAAGUCCCAAUAUAUCAAUUGUAAUCACUGUGGUUCAAAUAUCAGAAAGAGAUUACUGACCAUUAUGAGUGAAAUUGAAAGUGCAAAUGGUGAUGGUGGGGGUGGAAAUCUAGUGCAGUACAUUGUGAUUCGGGGAGACUUGAAAUGGCCCAAAGGAGCUCUAGUUGCACAAGCAUGUCACGCUUCCUCAGCUAUCAUACAUCUUACAUACUCGCAUCCAGACACGCAGCAGUACUUGAGUGAUUUGGACAACAUGCACAAGGUGGUGUUGAAGAGCAAAACAAGUGAUGAGCUCUCUCAGCUGAGUGACACUUUGACCUCAAAGGACAUAGCUCACAAACUGUGGAUCGAACAGCCCGAGAAUUACCCAACGUGUUUGGCCAUCCGACCCAUUGGGAAGCCAGAAGUAUCCGAAUUUGUGAAACAAUUUCAGCUAUUCAGAUGAAACUGAUUCACAAGUAGUUGUAUGACGGAGAAAAAAGUAGCGAACAGAAGAUGAAAUUAAGCCGUUCCUUCGGUCAGACGUACAAACAGUAGAGCAUCAUCGUCAUAAUUUUUGUUAUUAAUUUUUGUAAAUCAUUUAAGUUUUGCUUUCCGGUGCGAUUAAUUGGUGGUAGUUUUUAGGUAAAGCAUUGUAAAUUCAGUU